AUGGCUAGUACAAGUGGUUCAGCCGGUUCUUUUGAUUUAAGUGAUAUUAAUACCGAUAUAGAUGGAUUUGAUAUAGAAGGUGACGAUAUAUUACCUGAAACUGAACCUGAACAAAUAAAUAAUGAAUUAGGCAAUGAGAAUCAAGAAAUUAUAAUUGGAAGAUAUAAAAAAAAAACAUCUGUUGCUCAUUUGAACUUUACCUUAAAUAAACAAAAUAAUACUUAUUCUUGUAUCCACUGCAGUAUAACCUAUAAAGCAUCGAAAGAUGGCUCAACUUCUACACUUCUAAAACAUCUUAGAAAUAAACAUAGUAAUUUAAUUUCUGGUGAAAAGAAAGUAGUAGUAGGAGCAAUGGAUAAGUUCGUAAAACAAGCAGAUGAACUAGUACAGGAUGAUCAUUUUAAAUUAAUGAUAAAAAGACUCAAUCGUGAAGCCACUAUUCCAUCCGCUGUUACCAUAUGCAAAGAUAUUCACCAAGCAUUCAAUGAUGAGCAAACUUUUAUACUAGAGGAAUUGCAAAAUGUGCCUGGGCAAAUUUCAUUUACUCUUGACGCGUGGACGUCAAAAAACCAGAUUCCAUUCCUUGGAAUUACAGCUCAUUGA